GAGGAUGCCGGAAGUACUGAAAUUCCUCUGGAUACUGAAAUAGAUCUCAAGGACGAAGACGACGACCUGUUUCAGUCCACGAUUCAAGAUCCUGUAUCCAAUAUCCCGGAUCCUGUAUCCAGGAUACAACCGGAGAUAUCAAAACCUAACACUCAAAACGGAUUUGAUAGGUUUGGUUGCUUUACUUUUCAAGAUCUUAUCACUGGGCUGCAUGAUGCGAAUUACAGCAUGCAGCCAGACCCAGGACGUAUUUACCAGUAUACGAGCCUAACAGGCCCCCGGCAUGUGACCCUGAGGUUCACAUGUCAUUAUCUAAUGGGGGUGCAGCCGGGUCGGACUUCUCGUUUUUUCUAAGGCCUCUUAGAGGUCAAAAGAGGCCAUGCCUGUGUUAUAAAUAAAUAAAAACUUUAAAGUUUAAAUGUCUAUACA